UCGGCGAGCCUGCGCGGAAUCAAGCAGCUGGGCGACAAUGCCGACAUCUUGGUGCUGAGGGAAAUUGCAGACACUGCAGAGCAGGAACGAGCCCAAGACAGCCCAGAAAUUGAGCCUUCAGACCCCGUCCAAGUCCCGGAUAUCGUGGCCUCGCUGCAGCAAGAGGGCAAGGCCGUCACGCCUGAAGAGAUAUACCAGCAGGUUGGGAGUCUGCGGCCACGCAACCAUGGAGAGCCCGACGAGCCACACUACAUCAAGCAGACUACCUUUGUCAGACUGCGAAAUCUUCUCAUGAACGGCUUUACCCAGCAGCAACUGAUGACGUUCUACUCGGUUGCAAAGAAUAUCGAGCGCAAAGAUGUCAACCAGGGCGUCCUUGACAGUCUGAAGCGAGACGAGGACAAUCCCAAGGCCCCAGUUGAGCGGUCUGAGUGGCAGCCAGGCACCACGAGCAUCACACAGCGUCUGCCCGGAACCGACCGCCAUGUCAAAAUCAUGGGCUGGCGCAAGAAUGUCAGCAAGCAGCUGCUGGUUGACCGCAUCCUGCGCGACCCGUGGAACCUGGUGCUGUUGGAGGAGAUUGAGGCGCCUGGAGAAAUCGAGCUCUUUCUGAAGCCAUGGCAGCUGGCGCUUCUUACCGUCGGAGGUGGGUACCACAACGUUCUCGACAAGAUUGGGAUGAUCCGCAAGGCCAAGUUUCAAAUCUACAAGCCGCAUGCCAUUAUUCGCAUCACCGCCGACAAGAGCACUGCAGAGUACGCUGCCAAUGACAUCGAAGAGGCCUUGCAGCAUACCGAGGUGCGGCGGAUGCACCUCAAAAACUAUCUCAAGGUGCUGGUGGAUGGCGCAGUACCCAAGGACGAGAAACUCGAUCUGGCAGUGCUCUAUUCGCAAAAGGAUCUGGGCGCCAUCGCAUCGCUCACCAAGACGAGUAUUGCGGUCACUGCAAGGAACAUUCUUACCAUCAGGGGCUUCGACAAUGCGGCUGUUGAAGAGGCAAAGCGAGCCUUGAUCCGGUUGCUGCCUCUCAAAGAGCCUGUUGCCCGCACUUCAGACAUGCUAAACCUGGGCGCUGCCGCAGCUUCAAUCUAUCCAGCACCGAUAUACGUAGAGAAAAGCCUGCUAGACUACCAACAUCGCAACACGGUACUGGGACGUUUGUCGAUGCCCAUCGAACGACUCGUAAAGCCGGAAUCCGCAGACGAUGCGCAAGAACCGGCCGUGGCUUCCAAGUCUCCCAAGGCAACGCUGCGAGGCCUGGUAGACAGGACUGCAGCUACUGUAAUUCGUUCUAUUCCCAGUGUUACUUCUAUGGAGGAGUCGGGCAACUGGGUUGCUGAACCGGAAAAAAAGCUGGGUGCUCAGUUUGGCCAAGCCCUGGUUCCUCUCGACAAUAUGCAUUCUGAAGAAGCACAGGGCAGCACGCGACCCUCUCCAGUCGCUUUUGCGCCUAGUUUCCCUGGGCUUUCGGGUAUUCUUACGUCGUCUGACCUCUCCGUUACUGCACGCUUGCGAACACCGUCUCUACUCUACCAAUUCCGACCUGACCCCGAACAGACUGACUUUGACGCCGACCAACUGUUUCCCAACCUGCAGGUACGAAUGCGCACGGACCGCCAUGGCGUCAAAGCCAGUAUUCACAAGGUGACAAUUAGAUUUGGACAGCGCGUGCACUCUGUAUCGCUUCCGAAUAAGGCGGUGGAUCUCCAAUUCUACCAGCAUGGAAGCCUGAGGCUGCGAAAAGACUUUGAGGACCCAACCCUCCAGAAAUGGAUCGACACCGUUGUCAGGAACAUUGAGAGUGGGGGACGUCUUACGGCGCCACCGCUUAGCCUCGCCAUACCCAAAUGGACCAUCCCUGGCUUCUCGAGCGACGAAAAGGGCAUGGCCACGGUCAAGUACCAUUUUGCGGGCGUGGAGUUUCUACAAACCGUCGCAGGCAACAUUCUGGGCGAAGACAUCUCGUACAGCACUAAGCAGUCGGGCAAACUGAAUGCAAAGGGCGCUUCACUCGAGGCGCAUUACAGCGGCCAUGGCGAUACCCAGAUGCGCGACGAGACUGCUAUCAAGGCGUUUAUCAAGCGAUGCUAUGAUAUUGUCGACUUGAUUACAAAUGCGAGUGUGAACACGUCUCCGCUGGCCAGACUGGUACGUCCGAGGUAUGCCGACAGCGCACGGAAAACGAAGCGAUCAGCUGCUUUAGAUGAGGUGAAGGUGGACGACGUGCGUGGA